AUGUUCCGUUGGCCUCCAACCCUCGACGCAUCUCCUCUUCUCUCGACGAAGAAGCUCGCAAACAUAAGCCAGGCCCGUCGUGCCUUUGCUGUCGAGCUUGUCUCGCAAUUAAGACAGCAUGGUUUUGCCCGUUUGCGGAACUAUGGCGUCCCCCCCCAGGCUAUCAGUAGGCUGUUCAAUCAGCACCGUCUUUUUUUCAAUCUAUCUCUUCCUGCUAAACUUAGUGUUCGCCAUACCGGCGGCGAGGCCCCGGCAAGGGGAUACUCGCCGUUGGCUUACGAAAAGACUGCUAUAGUGCGGCCCGAUCUUCAUGACGCCCCGAACCUAAACACAUCCUCCUCCUCCUCUCAUCCUCAUCAAGUCGAAGUGUCCACCAGCUCUUCCAAGGCGCAGCUUCUGGACGCCCGUGAGCAAUUCGCCAUUGGCCCUCCUGGAGACUAUUCGUUCCCCACGCCCCAACUUGCCGAAGUCCUGCUACCAGGUUUCAAUGGCACAACCCGGGGCGCGUUUAUGAAGAUAAUUAAAGCAUGCGACGUAUUACUCGCCGCAAUCGAGCUGGGCCUUGAUGUUCCUCCAGGGACACUCAACCCGCCCGACACCGGUGGCCUUGGGACUGAGCUGAACCUGAAUUUCUAUCCAGAGGUUGCGCGGGACGUGCUUGAUGGUAGCGCUGGGGAUGUGGUCAUGCGCCGCAUUUGGCCACACUCAGACCUCGGGGUUAUAAGCGCACUCUUCCAGGAUGGCGUUGGUGCGUCCGGACUUGAGCUUGAGGUGCGCGGAUUGAGUGAGGGCCGCCGUGAAUUUGCCCCCGUGUUCGUGGAGCAGGAAGGUGAUGUCGUACUGUUAGUGUCGGACACGCUGGAACGAUGGACAAAUGGGGAGCUGCGCGCUGCUUUGCACCGUGUCGGUUUACCACCUGGGACUGAGACGUCGCGCGUGCCGGAACGAAGGUCAGCCGUCAUGUUCUUCCGCCCGCCGCCGACUGAGGAUAUAGGUCCUAAGUCGCAAUUCGUAUCGGCCGAGAAGCCGGCUCGAUAUGAUCAUAUUACUGCUGGAGAAUACCUGAGACUCAAUAACAAGAAGCUUUAUUAG